UAAAUACGCGGUAGAUUGAAGAGAUCGAGACAGAGCAAUAAUAAAAUAAUGGGGGAAAAAUGAGGUUUGGGCAGAGGGGAUUCAAAGAACAUGAAACCUACGACUUAUAGAGAGAACGAAACUCAAGUUUGUUGUGAAAAGUUAGUUGGGCGAGAGAGGAUGGAGCCAAUAGUUCCGGACUUCCGGCAAACAAGCGCCAGUGAGCCACCGCUGCAAUUCCCGAAUUCCAGACGGCAGUGCCUCUGCGCCACAGUAGCAAUUCCCGACGGCAGUCCCUCUGUCGUAGCCCCACCAGCCGUUUCCCGUACGUCCCAAUUCCCUAACCUAAUUUCAUAAUUUUUAUCAUUUAAUUUCUUCUUUGAUUUGAGUAUGAAGUUUCAAUUCUCAACUCUCAAUUGUAUAGUUUCAAAUUGCAUUAUCCACUCAGCUUAUGGAUGAUUUCAUAGUUCAAACUUCAAACUUAAAUCCAUGUUUCCUGUAAGCAAGUGGAUUUCCAA